CCUGGAUGAACCAAAAGCUGUGUUGUUUUUCCUGACUGUCUGUGGCACAGGAGAAAUGGUAGCUAGCAUUCUGUGAAAAUUCGGCUAACGUACGACUGAUUAUCUGAUCGAAAUAAUGAAUUUACUGCCAUCAAAUGCACAUGGGAACGGACUCCUGUACGCGGGAUUCAACCAGGAUCAUGGUGAGAAAUGGUUUCUUCAUCGAAAUCGUCUUUGGUUGCCAGUUCUGUCGUCGAAACCAUGCUAACUACGUCUUGAGGCCGGGGGCUGUAAUGCUGAGUUUAUAACCAAGUGGGAAGGUGGUAAUUACCAGUUGUGAAGUCGUAAAGAGCAGAUGGUGUCUUAUGAAGCAAGCUAGAUCUACUCAGGAUUUUCUAAAGCUAACUAAUUUCAGUUAGCUUCACAUCCCAGCUCAGGAUUCAUCCAUACUAGGACGGUGGAUAUUGCACCUCUGCCUGCCGCUAACUCUAGCAGGCUUGUAACUGCCUGUGCAUGUCGCACAUGGCUAGUCGAACGCUGAAAUCUUCAUUGAGACAAUGCUAAAACAUCAAUCCAUGGGCGAGUCAGUGCCACAUUUUCAUUUGUGCCAAAAUAAAAAUGAAAUAAAAGUUACCUUGCAAAUUCAGCAGGCUAUGGUGUGAAAUAGGCUUUUAGAAGCGCUGUCUUUAUUUUAUUACUUAUCGCUAGUGCCAUCUUUGUAUUUAUUAUGGAUCUCCAUUAGUUGCUGCCAAGGCCAAUACUAUAUUUAAUUAAAAUGAAGGAGAUGACGCAAUCUUUGCAAGAGGGAGGGAAUCUGAUUUAAUUGGUCCUCAACUCGCGUCUCAGUCAUUUCAUUCAGGGUAAGUAGAGUUAGCCUGCCCCGGAGCAGGUUAGUUACCUGGCUAAAAUGUGAGCCACUCUCGUAUGGCCGGUUAUCCUGAGUUGAACUCAGUUGACCAGAGUUACCUACCUAAUAUAGGACAAAACACACAUCACGACAAGAGAGACAACGCUACAUAAAGAGAGACCUAACUCCUCAAACCUGCUUAAUAGGAUACCCCUCCGUUGGAUGCAUUCACGUGCUAUGAACUCAGAUUUGCUAAUGGCCAACAAGCUGUGUCAACCAUAAACUAAAAGAACAGCUGCCAUGCUUGUAAACAAAUUAUAUGUUCAAAAACCAUAUUAAUAUAUUACUUUUUAUAAAUAGUGUUUUGUUGUUGCAUUUAACUGCCGAAAAUGCUGUUAUCAAGGUAAUUUCUUUACUAGGUUUGGUCUGUAUGUCGGAGCUCAGGGAUGAAAGACAAGUUUCCCACAAGUAAUUACCAGUAGGAGGGGUGUUCAAUUUGAUUUCUCAGUCAUAUGCGGUAAAUACCGCCUUCCCACUUGGUUAUGAACGCAGCAUUACACCCAGCUAUUUAUCUAGCUAACGUUGGCCAAACUAAAUGGUAUUACAUGUAACUCUGAUCUUUAAUCAUAUUAAGAGCUAAAUAUUAUGGAUCUGUUAGGCGCUCACGUUUAGAUUUUAAUAAUACGCUAGCAUCAGCUAACAACGUAACGUUAGCUAGCUAGCAGGAAAGACAGCUGUGGGGGGUUCCACUGUUGACAAGAUAGCACUAAUGUUGUGGCUAACGUCAAAUAAACAUCUAUACAUUUACACUUACAGUAGCUAUAUGCUUGCGGGGUUGUAACAUUUUCUAAUCUUUAUCUCUGUCCGUUAGCUAGCUAGCUAAUUUAGCUACAAAGCUAACGUUAACGUUAUAUUGCACAAAUCAUGGUUAUAACAAAUAUUAUAGCUAGAACUGUCCUCUUUUAUCUGUGGUUAGAACGUUAGUUUGACAACUGCUAAGCUACUAAAUCGUUUACUGUACAUAAAAAGCCAGCUAGCUAGCUCAAGCUGUGAGUGUGAUGAUCCAUUGUUUAGUUAGUGAGUGUAGCCCUAGACUUGGCAGGGGAAAUACUAUGUUUUACACAUCAAACUUGGUCAAGUGCACCAUAUACCUUCCUUUUUAAACUCUUAACAUAUACAUUAUUUUAGAUGCAGAAUCAGAUUUCAUUGCAGUCUAGGCAGACAGACUUGACGGUUACAAGCUUGGUACCAGUGUGUGUGGGAGUGGGUGGGUGGCCCAAGUCAGCUUUUCUUCACUGAGCAGUGAAUGAAUGGGUCUCCCUCUGAACAAAGCAAUGACUGUUUGCUAAUAUUCAAACACUGCUCAAUGUUCACUGUGUGUGCAUUCCUUGCAGGCAACUUCAGGUUACUGGAGUAGUAGGACAUGCUCCAAAUCUGAUAGGAAAGAGAGAAAGUACAGGAACUGAUAAGCUGACAGGAAGCAUAGACUGUCCUUAGUUGACCUCCCUCAUAAUCAUGAUGUCUUUGAAGAUGGAUAAAUAUUGUGGUUAUUCAUUCACUGUGAAUUUAUUUGGACCUAGCUUUGAUCAGGGUUGUUCUAACCACUGGGAUUGUCUGUCUGUGCUCCUUCCAGGAUGCUUUGCUUGUGGAAUGGAGAAUGGGUUUAGAGUGUACAACACAGACCCACUCAAAGAGAAAGAAAAACAAGGUAAAUAUAUGUAAAAAAUAAUGACUGUACAGCAAAUAUGAAACAUAAAAUCAUAAUUAGAAGUGUAUCAAACAUAUCCUUUUUGAUAAUCAUGAUUCAUCAUAAUGUGCCUUUUUCUACGGUUUACUGUUAAUCAAAGUUCUGGUGUAGCCAUUUUGUUGAUAUGUAAAUAAACUCAAUGGGUCAGUAGCAUUGCUUGCAGUAAAUCGAGGCCAUUUUGCUGCACACAGGGACACAGCAUUGUGACAGCGAGAGCCAAGGUACUUCCUUCCUGCUCCUGCUGUGUGUGAGAUGAGAUGGAUCUGUCUGUCUGUGGCUGGGUUGGAUGAGGAGGGCUAUAUGAGGAAGUUAAUCAUUCCGCCACUGAGCCCUGCACAUGUGACUCCUCACUCCUCACAUGACCUGGUCCAAAGUCACUAUAGGAAAUGGCUUACUGUACUGUCUUUAGUACUGCAGGGAAAUGAUUAGCCUAUAGUAUAGGCCAGGGAUAACCUGGUCCUGGAGGGUUGCUGCAGGGUGUGCAGGCUUUGGUUGAUAUGGGUCUAAAUAACAACAUGACUACAGUGAUUUUUAUUUCAGUGAUGCGUCAUGCAUGCUGGAAAGGUUUGUUUUUAAUAUACAGAUAGAAUGAGGAGUUGUUUGCUAUUUAGUAAAACGUUGAGAUAUUAAAACUAUUUAAAUUCUCCUUAUCAGGGACGGAUCUCUAGUAACAUUUAUAGAUCUUGUUGGAAUAAUGGUUUGGAUAAUUGUGGUGGUUUUUGAGGCGACACCCUUGACUCUCAUUGGCUCAGUUUACUCGCCACCCGCCAGAUUGACAGCUUAAUGGCCAAUGAGGUGAUUGUAUGUGUCUUCCAGAGUUCAUGGAGGGCGGGGUCGGGCAUGUGGAGAUGCUGUUCAGGUGUAACUACCUAGCGCUGGUCGGAGGAGGGAAAAAGCCCAAAUACCCACCUAACAAAGGUAUGGUGGUUACUGUGUGUGUUUGGUGCUUGUGCUGAACUUUCCAUCACCUAUGUAAUAUGAGCAAAAUAAAUAAUAUAUUUUGGAACCCCCAAAAUCGAAAAAGGUCUAACACUUCUAUCUGUUAGAAAUGUUUUCCUUGCCCUUAUCUCUUAGUGGUAGACUUUUCCACCAUAGUGACUAUAUCCAGUUAUUUCCUUACAUUGGUCUGGCACUAGAGACAUGUCAUGUUGGUCUUGUCAGUUGUAAUUCCCACCUUGUCCUCUGAUGCUUUCCUCUAGUGAUGAUCUGGGAUGACCUGAAGAAAAAGACGGUUAUAGAAAUUGAGUUCUCCACGGAAGUCAAAGCAGUGAAGCUUCGAAGGGACAGGUACGAACACUUUCCGCCCUUUUUCUUCCCUUAAUGUGUCUCUAUCAGCAGUGUUGCGUGCCAAUACAAAUGGAGUAAGAAUUUAGUACCACUUUAACUACCUCUUGAAGCAUUUACGACCAACCAGCAAUGCUGCAAAUGGCUGCUCCUUCGGGAUAAUUUUAUCUCGAAUGACACAGCAAUCUGGUUGGAAGUACUGUAGUGCACUGUAUAGGGAAUAGGAUAUCAUAUGAGAUUUAGCCUAAGUUACAGCACAGUGAGGGUGGAAGAUGGUACGAGUACAGUAAUAGCUGGCUGUGAUUGCACUCCCUCUUCUUACAUGCUGACUAGACCGUCUCCACGCGUGCGCCAUCGCGUGCGCCAUCGCGUGCUCCAUCGCGUGCGCCAUCGCGUGCGCCAUCGCGUGCGCCAUCGCGUGCAUGUUGAUUUUGUCCAUCGACACCAGACGCGAUCAGGACACACAGGUUGAAAUAUGAAAACGAACUCUGAACCACUUAUAUUAAUUUGGGGACAGGUCGAAACGCAUUAAACAUUAAUGGCAAUUUAGCUAGCUAGCUUGCUGUUCCUAGCUUGCUGUUGCUAGCUAAUUUGUCCUGGGAUAAAAACAUUGGGUUGUUAUUUUACCUGAAAUGUACAAGGUCCUCUACUCAGACAAUUAAUCCACUGAUAAAAGGGUAAACCUAGUUAGUUUCUAGUAAUCUCUCCACCUUCAGUCUUCUUCUUCUUCUUUGGACUUUAUAUGGUGGUUGGCAACCAACUUUAAGGUGCAUUACCACCACCAACUGGACUGGAGUGUGGACUUCAGUUCAUCUUUCAAUCACUAGUGGGUCUAUGCUCCUAAAAACCAAUGAGGAGAUGGGAGAGGCGGGACUUGCAGCGCGUCAAGCGUCAAAAAUAGAAUCAAGUUCUAUUUCAGCGCCUAGCUACGCAGACGCUCGUUGACGUACGCGAGCAGUUUGGAUUAAAUGAUUGAAUAACAUGUAUGUGUACAUUUAUUUUGCACCGCUCGUGCACUUAACGCGAGCGGUGUGGUCAGCAUGAUAGGCACAGAACCUGUUAGAUUGGCAGUAAUUAUAUAGUACUGUAUCAUUUCCAACCAGUUACAAGGUCAUAAUCCAGUAAUGGUAUAACAAAGUAUAGCUCCUUGGUGCUUUGAGAGAGCUGAAUUAUAGGACUACUCGGGACUGUUAAGAUGUUCACCUUUAGGUAAUAUUAAAGGGAAUGUUAGAAGGUAAUAUUUUGGUGUCAGGAGUAGUGAAAUGUUUUCUUACCAAUGUUUCCCCAUUAGAUUGCUGUAUGUUAGUGGGCCAGAAAUCUCUCCCUUUUUCUCAAUCUUGAGCCUAAUGUCUGCAUCUCUCUGAUGUCCUCAGGAUCGUGGUGGUCCUGGACUCGAUGAUCAAAGUGUUCACGUUCACCCACAACCCUCAUCAGCUGCAUGUGUUUGAGACCUGCUACAACCCCAAAGGUCAAUACUACUACACAGACAGACCAGCUACUUUCUAUUGCAGCUCUCAGAUUCCUAACCAGCCUGCUAAAUACAUUAGACAAGACCAUAAUUUAAGUAAACAAACCAUUUUUACAAGAAUGUUACAUGGUUGUAAUGUGUCCUAGCUUCUCCUCUCAAAUCUCUCUCUCUCUCUUGCCCUUUCUCUCCGCUAAAUACAUUGGACACACUCAUAAUUGAAGUAAACACACAAUCUUCACGAGUGUUACAUGGUUGUAAUGUGUAGCCAUCGACAGAUUCUCUCUCUCUCUCUCUUGCUUUCCUCUCUUCUCCUUACCUCUCUCUCUCUCAUGCUCUCUCUGUCUCUCUUUCUUUCUCCAUGACUGUAUCCAUAACUUCUCUCCCUCCUCCCCCAGGUUUGUGUGUGCUGUGUCCCAACAGUAACAACUCUCUACUGGCGUUCCCGGGGACCCACUCUGGGCACGUGCAGAUUGUAGACCUUGCCAACACAGAGAAGCCUCCAGUGGACAUCCCCGCUCACGAGGGGGCGCUGUGCUGCAUCGCCCUCAACCUGCAGGGAACCAGGAUAGCCACGGCCUCCGAGAAAGUAUUACAACCCCUUUAGAACUACUCAUUGGCUUAACCCUUUUAACACUACUCCUGGGCUUAGACGGUGCCUUAGGAUUUUUAUAUCUAGCAUUGGUUGUCCUUGUUGCUUGUAGACUAGGGGUGACCAACUCCCAACGCUGUGUCUCUGUGCCUUUGUUUAUUUAUCUCUAGGGGACCCUGAUCAGAAUAUUUGACACCAUGGCAGGCCACCUGAUUCAGGAGUUGAGGCGAGGGUCACAGGCUGCUAACAUCUACUGGUGAGAACAACCAACCAACCUGGGUAUUUCUUCAUCUGAUAUUAGAUGUGAGAAAUUAACUAAAGCCGGGUGGACAGUACACGACUUUCAAAAUCCUAACAUCGCUGAGCCUUUCACAUUAAACGACCGUCUUUCCUGUAGUUUUUUUGUGUUGCCAACGUAGUGGUGCGCACACUAAAUGAUGUGGCACAGACAGGGUCACACACUACAAGAUUCUUCACUUGGUCGUGAGGAUUCUCUAUACCACGCUGUCUCGCGAAAACAAUGAUGUGAUUAGAUUUAACGUAGCUACGAGCUGUGGCUCAAAGCAGCCUCAAAGAACGUUCAGUCAGACAUUCACGCUUGCCAUACAGAGUUGAAAUAUCUAGCUAACAUUUUGAAUUCAAUAACAUUGCUUGUGAACUUCAGAGCUGUAACGAUUUGACACUUUGGCUUUGAUUAAAGGCAAGUACAAACGCAUACUAGGAGUAGUCAUCGCUCCUGCUGGAGAGUCUACACAUUCUGGUGAAGUGAAACAACCUCAUCAUCUCACUGGCGAGCUCUCAUUGGCUAUUGCUGAUCACUGUUCUCAAAACGUGUCGUUCCACAUCUCACACCACAAGAGCAUUGGAGAUUUUGUGCUGAAAAAAUCAAGAAUGUUUGAAAAUAUAGGCACGUCUGUAACUGCUCAAAGACGAGAACGGUAGCCCUCAGAUUGCGUCUUUGACCCGCUCACAUUAAACAAGCAUCGGUGACGGUCGCGCGCCCCGAGUAGGCAACGACAUGGGGAUUUUGUCUCCGAUCUCAAAAACUUGUCUGGGACAGCUCAAUCGUGGCAAAAAUUGUGUAGUGUACGCCCGGCUUAAUGUUUACAUUAACAUUUUAGUAAUUUAGCAGAUGCUCUGAUCCAGAGUGACUUAAAGUUAGUUUACCGGUCUUGAGGUUGCUAGGUACGACAACUACAUAUCACAGUCAUAGUAAGUAAGUUAUUGUUAUAGUCCUGAUUGGUAACUUAUUUCCCCUCCCCAGCAUCAAUUUCAACCAGGAUGCGUCCCUCAUCUGUGUGUCUAGUGACCACGGUACAGUCCACAUAUUCGCUGCAGAGGACCCCAAGAGGAACAAACAGUCCAGGUCUGUCUAAGCCAAACAUUUAACCUUUCUAUGCACUGUCAACUGGAUCUCUUAACAGAGGUCCAAAUUAUGCAACAUUGAUCAAAAGUGAAUGUAGUGCCUUGUUGCACGUGGUCAGACAUGAGUGCCAGUGGUGAUACAGCUCUUUGAGAGAGCUGUCUUGUUGACUGUUCAAGGAUAUACACCCCAUUCUUUGGAGGAAUAACUUUGAAGUGAGCACAUUGUUUUUCAAUGUUAAUCUUUAAACCAGCCGCCAUUCCAAACCCAUUCUCGAAUCCUUACCAAUGCUUCCUGUAAUUCCAAACCCAUCCCUGAAUCAUUGUUAUUUCCUUUUAUUCUUAGCUUAGCCUCAGCCAGUUUCCUUCCUAAGUACUUCAGCUCCAAGUGGAGCUUCUCCAAGUUCCAGGUUCCAUCAAACUCGCCGUGUGUGUGUGCCUUCGGAACAGAACCCAACUCUGUCAUAGGUGAGUAAUGCGUGUGUGUGUGUGCGAGGUAUCUCUCUCUGAGUACAUGUUUGUGUUGGCAGACCUCUGGAACAGAGCCCAGUGCAGUCAUAAGUUAUACAUACUCCAGCCACUUCCUGCAUCCUGCCCAGCGUCUAUAGACAGAUUCAGAGUGACAUUCCUUCCUUGUUGACUUGAAUAUUAUUGUUGACUUGACACCACUUAUUUGAUUGUUUUAUUGUUGACACCAUUGACUCAUUUUAGACUUUGAGCAGGAAACUGUGUUCUUACAUUUGUGGAUACUUUUCUGCCAACACCAGAAAAAAAAACGUAUUUGACUUUGAGAAUAUAGCUGAGGUACGCACGAAAUGCAAAAAUCUCUGAAGCUGGAGACUCUUAUCUCCCUCACUAACUUUAAGCAUCAGUUGUCAGAGCACCUUACCGAUCACUGCACCUGUACACAGCCCAUCUGUAAUUAGCCCACCCAACUACCUCAACCCCAUAUUGUUAUUUAUUUUGCUCAUUUGCACCCCAGUAUCUCUAUUUGCACAUCAUCUCUUGCACAUCUAUCAUUCCAGUGUUAAUACUAAAUUGUAAUUAUUUUGCACUAUAGCCUAUUUAUUGCCUUACCUCCAUAACUUGCUACAUUUGCACACACUGUAUAUAUAUUUUCUGUUGUAUUUUUGACUUUGUUUUGUUUACCCCAUAUGUAACUCUGUGUUGUUGUUUUUAUCGCACUGCUUUGCUUUAUCUUGGCCAGGUCGCAGUUGUAAAUGAGAACUUGUUCUCAACUGGCUUACCUGGUUAAAUAAAGGUGAAAUAAAAUAAAAAAUAAAUGUACAGUCUCUUAUUGUGACCUCUCUCUCCUCAGCCAUUUGUGCUGAUGGCAGCUACUACAAGUUCCUGUUCAACCAGAAGGGGGAGUGUUCCCGAGACGUCUACGCACAGUUCCUGGAGAUGACAGACGAGAAGGUCUGACCUUUCACCCUACCACCUCCUGCAAACGGACAGACGUGUGCAUGGCGGGUGUGUUUAUUUUCUGGAGGAUGAGGGGAUGGACUGGAGGAAAAGAUGAUGUCUCUGCUCACCAAGUGCUGAUGGACUCUACAUGGAGGAGCGUCAGAGGGAAGGAGAGAGAGACACCGUCUCGGAAACAACAGAGGAAGGAAGGAGAGAGGGAAAGAAAGAAAGAUGGACCAAGAGAAAUGGGGACUGCGUGCCCCCUCUGA